AUGAAGCACAAUCGCGGGAAAGGAGACACCACGAAAACCCUAAUUCAGAAUCUGGUUCACCGUCGACCUGCUCACCCUCUUCUCUCUCGACUGGAGAUGCCACAAAACCUUGCUCGUCGCACUCGCUUGCCGUCACCCUCUACUCAUCGCCUUCACCGUCUUCGAAGAGAACUUGGAGCAGACUUUGCCCUCAAUCAAGCAGCUCUGAAUCUUGUUCGAAUUCUUCCCUCCGGUGACCCGCUAAUCAACCCCUUCACUAUUGGCGAAGAGACCUACCGCGAAAGAGCACAAUCACAAGAGACCCGCCGCGAAACCCAAUCUCACUGUUCCCGUCGCCGAUGCUCAACAACUUCAAUAUCGUCAAAGAGACCCACCGCGGAAGAGCAUAGUCCACAAUCACGGAAGAGGAAACUUGAAAACCCCAAUCUCUUUCUUCUCACAGCGUCGCCGUCGCAAUUGCCCCUUGAUGCAGGUUCACUGUCGCCGUCGCCCUAA